AUGGUCAUAGAGUCUGAGCCUGCGGAUAGUGACCUCCGUCAGGUAGUUCUCCGACUUGGAAGUUUUCACACAGAGAUGAGUUUCAUUGGUAGCAUCGGGCACCUAAUUGCAGAAUCUGGGCUAAAGGAACUUCUUGAAUUGAUUUAUGCACCAAAUGCAGUUGAGCACAUUCUUACUGGUAAAGCUAUCGCAAGAGCCGUAAGAGCUCAUCUUCUCGUUGAUGCAGUUCUUAAUACCCUUAUCCUUUCUAAAGCCCUGGGAGUGUCCAUUCCUGAUCUUGAAGUAGAAGNUCUCCGACUUGGAAGUUUUCACACAGAGAUGAGUUUCAUUGGUAGCAUCGGGCACCUAAUUGCAGAAUCUGGGCUAAAGGAACUUCUUGAAUUGAUUUAUGCACCAAAUGCAGUUGAGCACAUUCUUACUGGUAAAGCUAUCGCAAGAGCCGUAAGAGCUCAUCUUCUCGUUGAUGCAGUUCUUAAUACCCUUAUCCUUUCUAAAGCCCUGGGAGUGUCCAUUCCUGAUCUUGAAGUAGAAGCUAAUACCCCGACAUGA